ACCAAUUUGAAUAAACUCUGGCAGCAUCCCCACGUCAGAUCCAUCAACUUGGCAGGUUAAAAAUGCCACUCUUUGGUUGGAUGAAAUGGCCAAAAAAUGAUUCCUACAAACCCACACACCAUGCUGGCUCAGACAUAGUGACAAAGACUCUGCUUCGGGAAUUAAAAUGGCAUCUAAAGGAGCGAGAGAGAUUCAUACAAGAGAUUGAAAAUGAGCAAAAAGUGAAAAAAACAGGUGUGGAUUAUAACUGGCUGAGAAACUACCAGAGUCCCCACACGACCAUCUCAGGUACAGAGCAAAGACAACUUGAAGUUCUCUGUUCACAAGUUCAACCUUGCCAAACCGGAACUAUUCUCAGCAGAUUUCGAGAAGUUCUAGCAGAAAAUGAUGUGCUGCCAUGGGAGAUAGUCUACAUCUUCAAGCAAGUGCUGAAAGACUUCCUCAAUAGUCCUGACAAAGGGACUCAGCAGGACGGUCCACAGCACUCCUGGGACACAGGCUGUUCCCCCAACUCAGUACUCCCAGGUGAAAGCUCCAAACGCCCAGAGAAAGAUGAAAUACCCACCGUCUCAAGUUAUGUAGACAGGAACAGCAAGGACAGGCUCCCAGCAUGCUCGUACCGGAUAUGGAACCUACCGUCCUACUACCCACCACAUUAAGGUUCCCACAAUCAGGUAUCCCUGUGCCAUCCUAGAACCAGCACCCCUCAUAGUAAGCAAAAGUGAUGUGACUUCUGUUUUCUUAGUUAUGAAGUCAAAGGUAAAAUUCCCAUGGAUGUAUCCUAUUUUAAACUGUUCCUUUUUAACCACUCUAAACAUGCAAUGUUCUCACUGAACAAGAUGCUUUUAACUAACAUGUUUCCUAAAUAUUUUUUUAAAUAUCUGAAGUGUUUUCUUAUCCCUCAAACACAUCUCACAGGA